AUGAAACAUCUGGUUCUUCCACUUCUCUUGAUCGUGUCGCUGAGUGUUAUCGUCUCCCAGGCGAGCAACUCGCCAUGCAAAGGCAAGCUGAGCCUCUGCAAGAACACGGUAGCUGCCUGUGAGAAGUCGUGCCCUGGCCAGACCUGCACUGUUGAGUGCAACUCUUGCCAGCCCAUCUGCACUGGCGGCUCGGGCCGUUCACUUCUGGAUGACGGCAAGGGCGACAAGGAAGGGGACGAUAAAGAUAAAGACAGUGAAGUUGACAAAGACGGCAAGGGAGAGAAGGGUGAUGAUGAUAAAGAAGGCGACGAUGAGAAGAAAGGCAAAGGAGAAGAUGAUAAGGAAGGUGGCAAUGGAGAGAAGGGUGGAGAUGAUGAUAAGGAAGGUGGUAAAGGAGAGAAGGGUGGAGAUGACAAAGGUAAAGGAGAUGAUAAGGAAGGUGGCAAAGGAGAGAAGGGUGGAGAUGACAAAGGCAAAGGAGAUGAUGAUAAGGAAGGUGGUAAAGGAGAGAAGGGUGGAGAUGACAAAGGCAAAGGAGAUGAUGAUCAUGAAGGUGGCAAAGGAGAAAAGGGCGAUGAGGACAGCAAAGGAGGAAAAGGUGAUCAUCAAAGCCCAUCACCAUCACCAAUACUGGUGCCUUCAACACCAACUCCCACUCCUUCAACCACACCUCCUCCAACUGGAACACCACCGGCUUCUCCUACCACUCCUUCAGUUCCAUACCCACCCAAAGGAGAUCAGAGCCCAUCACCAUCACCAACACUGGUGCCUUCAACACCAACUCCCACUCCUUCACCCCCACCUCCUCCAACUGGAACACCACCAGUUUCUCCUACCACUCCUUCAACUACAUAUCCACCCAACGGCAAUGUGCCAAAGAAAUCUAGGUGCAUGAACAAGAACUACAAUGCCUGCUACUACAGAGAGUUCCUCUGCCCCAGCAAUUGUCCAUAUGACUGCGUGGUUGAUUGUGUCACUUGCAGGCCUGUCUGCAGCUGCGACAAACCAGGAGCAGUAUGCCAGGACCCACGUUUCAUCGGCGGGGACGGGAUCACCUUCUACUUCCACGGCAAGAAGGACCGCGAUUUCUGCCUGGUCUCCGACGAAAACCUCCACAUCAACGCCCAUUUCAUCGGCAAGAGGAACCCCAAGAUGACCCGCGACUUCACCUGGGUCCAAUCCAUCGCCAUCUUCUUCGACAGCCACCGAAUCACCGUCGGAGCCCUGAAAACCUCGACCUGGGACGAUUCCGUCGACCGCCUCUACGUCACCUUCGACGGCGAGCCCUUACUCCUCCCCGAGAGACAAGGCGCCAGCUGGGAAUCCGGAACCACCGCCGCCACUGCUCCCCGAACGUCCGUGACCCGGUCCGCCGACGCCAACAGCGUGGUGGUCGAGGUCGAAGGGAAGCUGAGAAUCGCGGCCAAGGUGGUGCCGAUUACAAAGGAGGAUUCGCGAAUCCACAACUACGGAGUGACUUCUGACGAUUGCUUGGCGCAUCUGGAUCUAGGGUUUCGAUUCGACGCGCUGAGCGGCGAUGUGAAUGGGGUUUUGGGCCAGACUUACAAAGCAGGGUACGUGAGCCCGGUGAGCGUCAGCGCAAAGAUGGCGGUGAUGGGCGGGGAGAGGGAAUUCGAGACUUCGAGCCUUUUCGCUCCCGACUGCAAGGCGGCGAGGUUUGUUGGGUCCGCCGGCGGCGGCGGCGCUACGGCUGAGGGGAUUUACUUGCCGAGCUUGAAGUGCGAGAGCGGGAUUGAAGGCCGUGGAGUCGUUUGCAAGAGAUAA